UCAGGAUUAUGCGUGAUGAUCUUGAUCUGCAUCCCUUGGCUUAUCCAGUACCACGACCGCACUGCCUUGAUGACGACCAUUCCCUCCGGUGGUGCCUUGGCUUUCGCCAGAGCUGUCGUUGCAGUUUCUCCCAGCCGACCUCGAUGCUACUAUGGCCUUCCUCGGGGCAAAAGAGCUACUCCCCGUCCCAUUCCUUUAACCCCUCGUCUCGCUUUCAGGUUAGGGAAUGUGGCAAACUUCCAUGCAAAGCACAGGAUACCACUAAUUUUCUCUUUGGACAAUUCAAACGGAGAAGCUACUACCAAAACUAAUACUAAUGGCCCACCAUUUCUCACGAUCUUGGCUGGUCUCUUGAUCUUCCUGCUCAUCUGUUGGCUUGUUGGCUCAAUAGUCAUGUGGCUUGUUGGUCUGAUCACAAACCAACCUUCCUAAGAUAAUGCUUCUUUCUGUCUUUUUCUUCAUGUAAUUGCAAAUUUGUGGAGCUCAUCUUUAUCUGACUAGGUUGGCAGGAUGUUAAGUUUCUAAUUUGUUCAGACCACUUUUAAGAUAAAGAGUCAGUUUAGGUCUAUGUUAA